AUGGCUGUUCGUGUAAGCCUCCUCUCGGCAGAGGCGACGUUCAAUUUUACGGGCAAUGGGGUUGCGGGCAGGCGGGUCGAGGCUGCUGAGGUGGCUGGUGGGUUCGACGGCGGCGGUGAUGGCAUGGCAAGAGAGCUGUCUACGGCGGAUACCAACAAUACUCUGAUUGAGGAAACCAACGACCACACAUCCCUCCGUACCAUCAAUUGGAUCGCAGGCGUGGGAGACAUCUGCAGCGGAACAUCACAAGGACUAGGCAGCCAUGAAGUCCAAAAACACGCCCUCUCGCACGGCAUCUCAUCCAAACAACCCCCACCAACCCACCGCACAGCCCUCCACAACCACUGCACCUUCUGGUCCCGCACCCACCCCUCGAUAAUCUACCCCUGGGACAUCUACACCGGCUUCCACGCCCUAGGCUUCCACCCCCUCCUCUGCAUCUGGGCCGCCAUAACAAUGUCGCUCUGCUCCUCCUACGCCACACAACCAACAUACAUGCCCCACCCCUUCUUCGCCAUCAACCUCGACAACAUCGCCGCUAGCAGACACGGCAGCACGACGGGCGUGUACGACCUUGACGCCGAGCUGGAUCUGCGUCGCCUAGAUAAAGUGUUUAACAAGUAUGCCGGUGGGAGGCCGUAUUUGACGGGGAGCGAGUUGUAUGCGGUUUGGAAGGGGCAGUGUUGUGCGAAUGAUUGGUUUGGGUGGUUUGCUGGGGGGUUGGAGUGGAUUGCGUUGUAUAUUUUGCUUUGGCCCGAGGAUGGUAAGAUGUACAAGGAGGAGAUUAGGGGAGUUUAUGAUGGGUCUAUUUUUUGGAAGAUUGCGGAAGCGAGGGCGAGGGCGCAGGGGAGGAAGAUGUAG